UACAAAACUAACAUUUAAUCGAUCUGGCGUUCUUAUUUUGCUUCUUGCAUAGUUCACUCAAUGGCCUAUGCUCAGGUGAUCACAGUGCUUCUUUUUGCACUAGCUCUAGCCAGAAUUGACCCCUCAGCAUGCCAGCAAAUUGUGAAGGGAAAACUCUCUUGCCUUGACUGCACUCACCGCUACCAUUUAUCUGAUAUUAAGGUUUCAGUGAAGUGCGAAGGUGUGAAUAAGCUUGCUAUGGCAAGUACAGAAGAUGAUGGAUCCUUCAAGGUUGCCCUUCCAUCUUCUUCUGUGAAUUGCAUAGCAAAAAUUCUCGGUGGGCCAGUUCAGCUUUAUGCUUCGAGGAAGAACCAAGUCUCAAAAAUUGUAAAAGGAAAAGACCAUAAUAGCUACACCAUUUCUUCUCCUCUUAGCUUCAUGACAUCACGCCCCAAGAAGGCUAACAAGAACCAAGUGGGUUCUUCCAAAACCGUUGAUCUUCCUCUGCCUCCAGAGUGGGGUUUGGCACCAUCUAGCUACUAUGUACCUUUCAUUCCCAUCAUCGGAAUACCUUGAUAGAUCGUCAUAUCAUGCAUGCAUGUCUUCAUCUAUCCAGCAAUUCAAGUAACAUAAU